AAUAUAUUAAUAGCGGGUAUUACGAGGAUUAGCUUCGGUCUAAGUAAGGAAAUCGUUAUUCUAAGUACAAUAGAAAUAAAAACGUACUUCGGAAUAAUAACUUUUUAUAUUUUACUUAUUAAUACCCUAUUUCUCUUAUAUUUAAAAAAUAUAGAUUAA